CAAGGCACAUAUAAAACUCAAUACUAAGAAGCUUUAUCAAGCAGAUGGGUAUGCAGUGAAAGAACUAUUGAAGAUCACUUCUGUCCUUUACAAUGCUAUGAAGACUAAAGGGAUGGAGGGCUCUCAAAUAGGAGAGGAAGACAUCAGCAAAUUCAAGUUUGAUCUCGGCUCAAAGAUUGCAGAUUUGAAAGCAGCCAGGCAGCUUGCAUCUGAAAUCACCUCCAAAGGAGCAUCUCUAUAUGACUUGCUGGGCAAGGAGGUAGAGUUGAGGGAAAUGAGAACAGAAGCUAUUGGCAGACCUCUGGAAAUAAAUGAGACUGAAAAAGUGAUAAGAAUUGCAAUAAAAGAGAUUUUGACUCAGGUUCAGAAGACUAAAGACCUGCUCAAUAAUGUGGCCUCUGAUGAAGCUAAUUUAGAAGCCAAAAUUGAAAAGAGAAAAUUAGAAUUGGAAAGAAAUCGGAAGCGGCUACAGACUCUGCAGAGUGUCAGACCAGCCUUUAUGGAUGAAUAUGAGAAGAUUGAGGAAGAAUUGCAGAAGCAGUAUGACAUUUAUCUAGAGAAAUUUCGAAAUUUGACUUACCUGGAACAACAGCUCGAAGACCAUCAUAGGAUGGAACAGGAGAGAUUUGAGGAAGCUGAAAAUACUCUUCGUCUGAUGCAGAACAAGCUAAAGGAAGAAGAAAAGCGGCUGCUAAAGAGCGGAAGUAAUGAUGGCUCAGACAUAGAGAUACAGGAGGAUGAUGAAUCCGACAGUGAAUUGGAAGAGAGACGGCUGUCUAAGCCACGGACUGCCAUGGAGGUACUCAUGCAAGGGAGACCCAGCAAACGAGUUGUGGGCACAAUGCAAGGUGGAGACUCCGAUGAUGAAGAUGAUUCAGAGGACAGUGAAAUUGACAUGGAAGAUGAUGAAGAAGAUGAUGAUGAUUUAGAAGAUGAGAGCAUUGCUCUGUCACCUGCUAAGCCUAGUCGAAGGGUCCGGAAACCUGAACCCCUGGAUGAGAGUGACAAUGACUUCUGACCCUUUUGCCAAGGGACCUAUGCAGAUUAAAACCCUCAGAUUUGUAGGUAAAUGAGGACAAAGUUUAAGAAGGUAGCAUGUAUUUUGUUCAUUCAGCUGGAUGGCUCAUCAUUCAUUACUAAAGCAAUACUUAUUUCUGCUUUAGCCUCCUAUUUUUGUUUUCCACAAAGCUUAAAUAAGAACUGAAGUAAACCUCUGAUACGACUUUCUUUUGCUUAAUUUGUAUCCUAAAACUUGAGAAAUGCAUAUGUUCUUAGUGAUUUACAUCCACAAGACAAAAACUUGAGAAGAAAUCAGGGUUGACACCAUGUGGGUCUUGGCUGUUCUAUUGUGAUGUGUUUCCUCUGAGAGUGGAACAACCCUGGGGUUGGAGUGUGGCACAGGGAGUCAUUUUAGGAAUCGUAGGGAAACAUUUACUGUACAUCAGCUUUUGAUUCUAGCCUUUAUUUCAUUUUAUAGUCUUAUUUUCUUUCUUCUGUGUGUUCAUAAUACCAACUAUUAACUAUAUAUUAGUAACUAAAAUUUUCUGAAAGUUAACUAAGUUAAAUAAAAACUAGCUUUCCUCGCAAAAUCUAAGAGAAACUUUAGGUUGUGAAUAUUCCAUUUUCUCUCAAAAGACUGACAUCUGCUAGGAGUCAUCUGCCUUAGGUUGAAGAAACCUAGAUGUUUGCUUGGCUUAUACUAAGUUUGGAACCUCUACUGACCUUGGUUACCCCUUUAGAGGUUCCAGACUCUAAAGACAAUGACAGCCAGACAUGCUCCUUCCCACAGGCUGGCCUUUCUUGACCUUUGUCUUGUCUGAAGUAUGGUAAGAUAUCAGGCCCCAACACAGGACAGAAGGAAUGGGAAGGAGCCAAUUAAGAAAAAAAUGUCAGUACAUUCACAU